AUGGCUUCCACUCGUGCUCUAGCUAGGCUGGCGACACGGCGGACCACCGUGCCCGCUGUCUGGACCCGAUCAUUCGCCUCCGUCGAGCCUGCGAGCCCCAGCAGGUCGACAAUUCCGGAGUCAAAGACCUCUACCGUGAAGGAGCCCGCAACCGAGAAGGAUGCCAAGAUCAAGACCUUCCACGUCUACAGGUGGAACCCAGAUGAGCCUACCUCGAAGCCUCGGAUGCAGAGCUACACCCUGGAUCUGAACAAGACCGGGCCCAUGAUGCUAGAUGCCCUGAUCAGGAUAAAGAACGAGACCGACCCGACCCUGACGUUCCGCCGGAGUUGUCGCGAGGGCAUCUGCGGGAGCUGCGCGAUGAACAUUGACGGCGUGAAUACUCUCGCAUGCCUUUGCCGCAUUCCCACUGAUACUACUAAGGAAUCCCGCAUCUACCCUCUGCCGCAUACCUACGUUGUCAAGGACCUUGUCCCCGAUCUUACAAAUUUCUACAAGCAAUACCGAUCCAUCAAGCCAUACCUCCAGCGCGACACCCCACCCCCAGAUGGCCGUGAGAACCGCCAAUCGAAAGCCGACCGCAAGAAGCUCGACGGCCUCUACGAAUGCAUCCUCUGCGCCUGCUGCAGCACCUCGUGCCCGUCAUACUGGUGGAACCAAGAAGAAUACCUCGGCCCCGCCGUGCUGCUGCAAUCCUACCGCUGGAUCGCCGACUCCCGCGACGAGCGCACCGCCGAGCGCAAAGACGCGCUCAACAACAGCAUGAGCCUCUACCGUUGCCACACCAUCAUGAACUGCUCGCGGACGUGUCCGAAGGGACUGAACCCAGGUCUCGCGAUUGCGGAGAUCAAGAAGAGCAUGGCUUUUACAUAG